GCGGCCCUGAUGGGGGACGCGGCGGCGGCGGCGGCGGGGGGCGGCCCGCGGGCGCUGCGGGCCCUCACCGGGUGCCUGCUGGGCGCCCUGGUGCUGGGCACGCUGGUGGGCAACGCGCUGGUGUGCCUGGCCGUCCUGCGGUUCCGCCACCUGCGCGCCAAGGUCACCAACUGGUUCGUGCUGUCGCUGGCCGUCUCGGACCUCUGCGUGGCCCUCCUGGUGAUGCCCUGGAAGGCGGUCACCGAGGUGGCAGGUGGCUCCUGGCUCUUCGGCAGCCGCUUUUGUGACACCUGGGUGGCCUUCGACAUCAUGUGCUCCACCGCCUCCAUCCUCCACCUCUGCAUCAUCAGCCUGGACCGGUACUGGGCCAUCGCCAGCCCCUUCCGCUACGAGCGCAGGAUGACGCAGCGCCUUGCCUGCGCCAUGAUAGCCGUGGCCUGGGCCCUCUCCAUCCUCAUCUCCUUUGUCCCAGUGCAGCUACACUGGCAUAAAGCCGAGGACAGGAGCUAUCCGGGCUCCCGGCAGCCUGGGACGCCCCGCUGCGAUGUCAGCCUGAACCGCACUUACGCCAUCGCCUCCUCCCUUAUCAGUUUCUACAUUCCCGUGGCCAUCAUGAUCAUCACCUAUACCAGGAUCUACCGAAUUGCCCAGGCCCAGAUCCGCCGCAUCUCCACCCUCGAGCGAGCGGGGGGGCAGUGGCCACCUCACGGCAAGGAGCCCACCUCCUCUUUGCGGAGUUCCCUGCGCAAGGAGACCAAGGUGCUGCAGACCCUCUCUAUCAUAAUGGGAGUCUUCGUCUGCUGCUGGCUGCCCUUCUUCCUGCUCAACUGUCUGCUGCCUUUCUGCCAGCCCGAGCUCGAGAGAGACCGCGAAGGACAGUCGCCCUGUGUUGGCCAAACCACCUUCAACAUCUUUGUGUGGUUUGGCUGGGCCAACUCCUCGGUGAAUCCAGUGAUCUAUGCUUUCAACGCAGACUUCAGGCGGGCUUUCAGCAACCUCCUGGGCUGCCAGUGCUGCUGCUGUGGCACACACAGAUCCACUGUGGAGAGGGUCAACUUCAGCAACGAGCUGGUUUCCUAUCACCAUGACACCACCUGCCAGAAGGAAGGAGCUGCCUCGUCGUCAGUACCCCCCACUGCCGUCGCUGCCUGGGUGCAGCCCAUACCCCAUGCCAUAAGCCUUCAGGGAGAGGACAGCAGUGAGGAGAUGUCUAUGGAGAAGAGGCCUGUGACUUCUCAGACACAGGCUGCCCCUGGCAGCAGCCCCAAGAGUUGUCAGGUGCCAGCUAUUUUGCAAUUGGAUUGUAAGGCAGAGCUAUCCCUGGAAGCUAUUACCCCCUGUGCAGGGCUUGGUCGGCAUGAGGGACCUCAUCACCCUGUUCCGGAGGGAUAAGUGAUCGUGUGUUUCUCACACACACAGCCAUCCCACAGGGAGAGAUCACCCUGCCUCCAUGUAAGCUACGCCCGUCCCCCAGCAAACAAAGUCCCAUCCCAGAAAGAUGGGAACCUGCUGCUCUUACCACAGAAGGGUGACAGGCAUAUGAAGUCCAUUCCAAAAGCAUAUAGCAGCCACACAUUAACCUCUUCCCAUGGCCACCUUCACCCCUUACUCUCUUUCACAGUCAGUAGACAUUUCCCAUGCACUUGUUCACCCCCCUUCUUCAAACUUGUGAUAUUUAUUAAGAAUAGUGAGAUAAUUAGAUCAAAAUAAAAACAACUCAUAGUUUGAGACUCUGUAAUAUAAUCUUAUGUAGAUAACUUAUUAUUAGAUUUAGUUUCAUUGCUAAAACCCAUUCCCCCCCCCCAUGGUUUCACAUCAUACAUGUGCAUAGUUCUGGUCUUAGAGGUUUGCGUAUGGUUUUAACUCUGUGUUUAUUUCAAAGCCGCAUGCCUGGAUUUACAUGUCUGAAUCUGUGUUUAGGCUCUUAAAUAAAAAUUGCUCUAUUAAAACAUCACUAUCUUAUGUUGAGUCAAAAGACUUCUCAAAACCCUGGAAAAUUAAGUUGCUUUUAUGUAGGAUCCCAAACAGUUUCAGGUGCCUAACUUUGGUAUCCAGGCUUAAUGAUAGUUGAGCUAGGAUCUUCCUCAUUCUUGAGUGUCAGAAAAUGUAUUGUUGUAUUAGGCUGAAGUUACAGCAGGACAGCGUUUGAGAACUAACACUACAACUCCAGAGUGAUUUAAGCUCCUAUUAGCUGAGGCAGCUGUAAUCCUUCCUUUCUCCUACUAGUUCAGGCAGCUAAUCCUUCCAGAAAGCAAGCUGGUCCACAAAAUAAAAAGUGACCAGGUCAUCUCUCUGAACCCAUUUCACUACCUGUAGACAUGAACAGCAGCAAAAGGCAGAGCAAAUGGGUGUUGGAUGGCUUGCAGGAGAGAAAAUACUGGGGGAACUUGACGAUCAUUUCUGUAUGUGUAAAAGGGUUCAGCAGGUACUAAGGGAAUACAGUGGCACCUCACUGUCCUCCACUUCCCUGUCCACCACUUCAGAGUUUUGUUGCUGGCCAUUUAAUACUGUGCUCCACUAACCACCAUCAUUACCCUGUUUUUCUGUCCUUUGCCUAUGGUUGAGUUGAUUGACCUUGAUUCAUCUAAGGAAGAUGAUGAAGAUGCAACUGCCCAGAAAGAGACAUCAAGAAUGCUUACAGUGCAAGAGUUUUCUUGGACGUUGUCUCAGAGAUGGCACAGCUGAUAUCUUUCUGAACAGUGAUCCAUGCUGAAAAGCCAGACUUCCCUCCCAGUGAUCCUGCUCCUGCUCCCUGUGAAUUUAAACCAUCUGUAGUUCUUCAGUCCUUGUACGCAUUUCACCCCAUCACAUUAAUUCUUAAGGGAAAAAUUACUUUUGCUAUUUUGCUCUUUUCAGGAAUGUGUCCUUGAUGGUUAGUUGGGUGUGACUGUAAUGUGUUCUUCAGGGCCAAGACUAGCAGGACAAGAGGUAAUGGGCUUAACUGUAAGAAAGACCAAGGCAAGACUUUGGAAAAAACUUUGCAAGAAUAAGGAUAAUUAAACACUGGAGUAGAUUGCCUAUGGAGGUUAUGACAUCUCUCUCAGUAAAAGUCUUUAAGACGAUAUUGCUAAACAUCUGUCAGAAAUGACACUGGCAUUGUUAAUCCUGUCUUGGGACAGAGGCAUAGCGUAAUGGUUUGUGGAGAACUUUUGUAGUCCUGCUUCACUAUGACAACACAACUCCUUAAGCAUUGAGCUUAAGAUGUUUGAUUUUUUUUUUUUUUUUUUUUUUUUGCAUACAAUGAUCCUUAGCUAUUUCCUUUAAGGCAAAGAAGCAUACAGAUAAGAACUUUGAGACCCCAUUGGUACAUUUCCCUUCUUCUCUUAGUGAUUACCCAUUUUUCUUAGCAUUUAACAACUAUCAUUCAGCAUGCCUAGUACCUCAUCCAGAGAAUAACCCUGAAAUAAACCUAGUAUUUCCUUAAAAGAGACACAAGGUCUGUGUUUUUUGUUUUGAUUCCCUUUGAUUAUUUUCUAUGUGAUCAUACGUGAACUGUACAUGGAUUUAGAUGCUAAAGGGUCAAUCAAUUUGUGAGAGGAUUUUCCUUGCCACAUUUCUUCCUUCUUACACAAACCAGAAACACAUAUAGUAAGAGUGUCAGGAUCUUUUAUCUCCUCCAAAAACCCAAAAUUGUAUCUUAGCACUGUAGAAGACUUCUUGUCUCACCCCCUCCACACUAAAACCCAUCCCGGGGAUAUACCGACACACCCGAUAAGACACUGUCCUGAAGCUGACUCCCUCCCUGCCUGCUACACUUCUGCUUCUGUUGCAAGAGCUUCAGUUGGCUCCAUCUCUCAGAGAGUUAACUCUCCCUGCCCACACACGUCUUCCUUCUCGUGGGCAGGCAGUCUUCUGGCAGUCAAGGCUACGCAUGAAAUCAUUAUGCACAAGAGCCUUUUUUUUUUUAGUGUGUGUACAGUCCUAUUAUUAGUGAUAAAAGCUGCUAAUUAGUGGAAGGGAAAUAUUUACCUUCUCACAAGGUUUGCCCUGCCUAUGGGAGCUGUCUCACCCAGGAAGUAGUCUGGACUUACUACAUAGAGUGAUGAAAGCUUAGUGUAUGAGAGAGUGGGUGGCAGAAAUUAAGCAAUGAAUAUAUUUGAAUAACAUUUUCUCUAAAGAAUAAUCAGAAAUGCAUGGUAGCUUUGAUUUAUGAAACUAUAUUUGUGUUAAGAAUAGAGAAAGCUAUUUGUAUCAGUGCUUGUGGCUACAGUUUAAAUAAGGUUCAUUAAUAGGUCAGAUUGUACCUGAAAAUAAAUGGAUAUUUACCUGAAGAAAAAAACUGGCUUUUACUGAAACUUUUUAAAGGGACAAUUUAAAAUUGCUCUUUGUAAGUGAUACUGCAAAUAAUUGUUUGGACCUAAUUGAUAAUGGUCAUUACUGAUGUGCAGAUGAUACACGUUACGGUAGUUUACAGCUGUAAGGUCCAUUGUAGUAAGUGCAGUGUAAUGUUCAAGGCUGCAAUAAAUUUCAGAAAUUGCA